AUGUCAGGGGUGCUGGUUGAUGGCCUGUUUGAGGGUAUCGAGGCCAAUCGCAGUGAUGUGGUCGCCACCGUCAUCGCCGAAGCCAAGCGCAAUGCCGUUUUUGCCGCCAUCGUGCUAGAGCCUCGCGUGCGCGGUGAACAUUCAGAGACGGCCAUUCAAUAUGCUCUCCGCCUGAAUCGCACCGAUGCCAUGCGCGCCCUCAUCGCCGCAGGCGCGCGACUUGCUGAGCAACCAGGUGCCUCUGAUGGCCAAGGCUUGCUUCAGUCUGUCGCUCUCGAGCCUCAAAUGGUGAACGUCCUCCUCAACGCCCUGCUGCAGAGCAUUGCCACCAACGACAAGGCAACCAUUACUGACCUACUGGAGGCCGGCAUCCACGUCAAUGCCACCGAUGGCGCUGCCAGCCAAAACACCCCACUUCACUGGGCGGCCCAUUUUGCCAACGCCGAAACCCUGCAGCUGCUGCUGGACCGAGGCGCCGAUCCCAAUGCCACCAACGCCGAGGGCGCUACUCCACUUCAUGACGCCGUGCGCCGCGGAUCUGCGGAUAUGGUUCGGCUCUUGCUCGCGGCCAACGCUCAACUGGACCAAGCCGGCCGCAGUGGCAGCUACGCUAGCCGCAGGCCCAUUGACAUGCUCACCGAGGGUCCAGAGGCUGGCGAGAUUCGCGCCCUCUUUGUGGCUGCCGAGCAAUGCCGACGCCCGGAAGAAGAGAUUGAACACCUCUCCUGGCUCGAGCGCUUCGAUCGCGUCAUGCAGCAAGCGGCUGACAGCCUUGCCGAGGACGAGUAUCGUGUCGCCAUGGAUCGACUACACAACCAGGGCCCAUCACAGCCCAUGAAUGCCGAUAGCUCGGCCUCGUCUGCUGAAAGGCCAGCCCAAAUGAAGGCCCAGUCUAACCAAGCCAUGGAUCAGAAGGGCGAUGGCCUCACGCCCCCUUCUGCGAGUUCAGGGGCGCAGGAAGAUGGCUCCUCCGCUACCUUGAGUGAUGAAGGUGCACAGCCCUCAUCGGCGCAAGAGCAACCCCAAGAGACAUCCUUGGACCCCAGCAUGGCUGAUGAACAGGAUACAUCCAUCCAGCUCUCCGACGGCGAUGCCACGGCCGAUGUCGUUAUGAGUGAUCUACCCAUUGACAAUCGCCUGCGGAUUACAGUGCCUACGCUGAUCGCCGCACGCCCACCUACGCAGCUCCUCUGGCCCAGCCCACAGCGCAUGACACAAUUGCCGGGUCGCCGCCUUCUCCUGGGGUCAAAAGUCGACGUUUACAUGGCCCCAAGCACGGCAGGCUCUGACGUUGACCCCGUGUUUGAGUAUCUGGCGCGCGGACUGGGCAAGCAAGGUUGCACCGUCUCCCGCUGCCUUUCCCCUGGGCGCGGCUCACAAAUUACCUUGCGUAUCAAGCCUACGCUACAAACACGCCCAGAAUCCUAUCGCAUCAUCGUCGAGCGCUCGGGUGCUGUUCUCGUGGGUGGGGAUGUGGCGGGGUUGCGGCAUGCCGUUUCUACACUCAUUCAAUUAUCCAAGCUAACCGAGGCCGUUUCUGGCAGCCAGAUGGAUACUGAUGACGAUGACAAUCGGGGCAUUCCAAGUGUGCGGAUCUCGGAUUGGCCUCUCCUGCCGAAUCGAGCCUUUAUGCUCGAUGUGUCGCGGGACAAAGUUCCGACCCUCAAUAGCCUCAAGGAGAUUGUGGACCUCAUGUGUUUAUUCAAGAUGAAUCAGUUGCAGCUGUACAUGGAACACACUUUUGCAUACGCAGACCAUGAAGUGGUUUGGCGUGGCGCUGACCCCUACACCCACGCUGGUCAUCUCGCAGAAUGCCCUAACGGCAUCGACUUUGGCAACCGGCCAUCGGGCCCUCCUGAUGUCCCCUUUUCCCUUUGUCCCGUCGAUCCUCGCCUCGCCAACGUCGGGUUGGACGAAACGGUGGACAUUGGCAAGGGCCGCUCGCGCCCAAUUUGCGAGGCUGAAGGCACGGGAGAUGUAUAUCUGCAGUACCUACGCCAGAUCCGCCAGGCCUGCCGCAAGCACAAGCGAACCAUGAUGUUCUGGUCCGACAUGCUUUUUGAUUUCGACCCGUUGCUAAUGUUUUCGCUGCCCUCGGACGUGAUUGCGAUGGAGUGGGGUUAUGAAGCAAAUCACCCCUUUGACAAGCGGUGCCAGAUGAUGGCGGACGCCGCAAUCCCCUUUUACACGUGCUGCGGCACCUCCUCCUGGAACUCUAUCACCGGUCGCACGCAAGAAUGCAUCAGCAACAUCAAAAGCGCUGUGCAGGCGGCAUUGCGUCACGAUGGUCUGGGCAGCAUGAUCACAGACUGGGGGGACCAUGGUCAUACGCAGCCUUGGUCUGUGUCCUACCCGGGUUUGACGGCCUUUGCCGGCCUGUCCUGGAACCGCUUUGCAACGCGCUGCGUGGAAGGCGUGGAUGACGCCGAUGACUGGAACGAGGUGGACCUCGCAGCUCUUCUGGACUUUCACGUCUUUGGAACCAAUGCCGAUGGUCUGGGACGCAUUUUGCUGGACUUGGGCAACACGUAUCAGCUGGCCAGCACAGAGCCGCGGCUGAAUAGGAAUGGAGCUGCGCUCUUCCAUUUUUUUAUCUUUGCUGGCGACGACACGCAUGUGUGGACCCACAUGGAUGCACAGGAGCUGCGCCAGUGCCACAAGCAUUUGAAGCAGCAGCUGGCGCUGCUCGAUGCUAUCUUGGCGCGGGAUAAACUGACAGCUGAAACACACCUGGUCAAGCACAGUGCCUCGCUUGCCGAGCUUCCCAAUACGGCGCGCACAGAUCUGGCCAAUCGUCUGCUGGCACUUGUUGGGCCGUACAAAGAUCUCUGGCUGGCCCGCAAUCGACGCGGAGGCAUGCAGGAUUCUCUCUCCCGUAUUGAACAUACCAUCAAUUGUCUGCUGCAGACGGCCCAGUAA